AUGGGGAACACACCUUCGUGCUGCGUGGCGUCGAGCCCUAAACACCGGCGGAACAACCACUCCAGACUGGAGCCCUAUCGGCCAGAGCCGGAGCUGAGCCGGGAGGAUACGGGCUGCAACCUCCAGCACAUCAGCGACAGAGAAAAUUUGGACGAUCUGCCGAUGGAGUAUAAUCCCUCUGACCAUCCUCGAGCCAGCACCAUCUUCCUUAGCAAGUCCCAAACUGAUGUUGCCGUGCACAGCAAGCGAGUACGAGAAAAGAGGAAGAGCCUUUACAUCAAUCAUCAUCAUUCAGGCUUGGUGAGAAGGAAGUACAGCUCGUGCUCUACUAUAUUCCUCGAUGACAGCACUGUCAGUCAACCCAACCUCAAAUACACCAUUAAAUGCGUAUCCCUUGCAAUAUUCUAUCACAUAAGGAACAGAGAGGUCGACGGAAGAAUGGUGUUAGACAUAUUCGAUGAGAAGCUGCAUCCGUUGUCGAAGUCGGAACUUCCUCCUGACUACGAAAAGCACGACCCUGAGCAAAAGCAGAUCUAUCGCUUCGUAAGGACGCUGUUCAGCGCCGCGCAGCUCACGGCCGAGUGUGCCAUUGUUACAUUGGUGUAUUUGGAGAGGCUCCUGACCUAUGCCGAGAUUGACAUUUGUCCCGCCAACUGGAAGCGGAUUGUUUUAGGAGCCAUCCUUCUGGCAUCCAAAGUUUGGGAUGACCAGGCGGUGUGGAAUGUAGACUACUGCCAAAUUCUCAAGGAUAUCACUGUGGAGGACAUGAACGAGCUGGAGCGGCAGUUUCUGGAGCUGCUUCAAUUCAACAUCAACGUGCCGUCCAGUGUCUACGCCAAGUAUUACUUUGACCUACGUUCUCUGGCAGAGGCAAACAACCUCAGUUUUCCUCUCGAGGCCCUCAGCAGAGACAAGGCCCAGAAACUUGAGGCUAUAUCCAGGUUGUGCGACGACAAGUACAAGGACCUGAAGAAACUAGCAAAGAAGCGGUCAGUGAGUUCUGACAACCUGGUGAUGGUGCGGUGGUGUCCGGCCAUCAUUUCCUAACGAUGGCCAUCAGCAGGAUUGAGUAAGUGGAACCUGUCAGCUGACUCUGCCCGGUUAGCAGGCAAGCUUAGCAGGCGGAGCGGCUGUCCUGUGGCUAUGUGCGUCUGUCCCGCCCGAGAGACACACAAACACAAUCCGGCACUUUUACAAAGCAAGAUUGCACCUCUCUAGUUGUAAAUAACACUGCACUGAAGGGCGGAACAAGCCGGAGCGGAACCAAACGGAAGCGCGUGAGCGCGACAAAAUGAAGAAGUGCAGGUGUCGGGUUGAAAAGCGAGACCACGAAGGAGAAACGACAACGAGACACAAGUAGCGGCGCAGCUACAUUCCUGUCAUUUUUUUUAAACCUCUCCCUUCUGUUUCUCAUCUUUUACGAUCUCAUAGAGCAUUUUAAAUUCUCCAUCUUUUCCAGCAUUUUGUCGAUCUCACGUUUGAGUUCAUUCCCAUUUCCAUGCUACACAACAGUGUACAUUCCAUUUCACAUAUCGGCACCUCUCUUUUGAUUUCCGCACGUUACACAGUGUUGAUUUAGCGAACAGCCUUACAUCUGGCAUUCCUGAGCCAAUAGAAAAUCAGCGCCAGACCUCCAUUUGACACUUUUGACAGUCCGGGGGCUGGUAAAGUGAACUCUUCUUCUUCUAAGUGGCUCUCUUCCAACUCAGAUCUUCACGAACAAGCAAUAUUCAUGCAUUGUUACAGUCAGGUAGAAUGAAGCAUGCAUACUUGAGGGGAGGGGCGGGGCUCGG